GCGCGGUGGGGCGGGCACGGCCGCGGUGCCUAUAAAAGGAGGGGGCGGCCGUGCCGCCGCCGGCUGUGCGGUGCCGUGGGUUGGUUUGUUGCCCCCGUGUCGAUCGAGAUUUGUCAACAUGAACGUGUGUCUGACCAUCCUGUCCCUGUGCUUGGGGCUGGCCUUUGCUGCACCGAGAUUAGAUCCCGAUUUGGACAGCCACUGGCAGCUGUGGAAGUCCUGGCACAGUAAAGAUUAUCAUGAGAGAGAGGAAAGCUGGAGGAGAGUGGUGUGGGAGAAGAAUCUGAAAAUGAUUGAACUCCAUAACCUGGAUCACUCAUUAGGAAAACACAGUUAUAAGUUGGGGAUGAAUCAGUUUGGUGACAUGACGACGGAGGAGUUCAGACAGCUGAUGAAUGGCUAUAUACACAAGAAGUCAGAAAGGAAAUACAGAGGAUCCCAGUUUCUUGAGCCCAGUUUCCUUGAAGCACCACGAUCUGUAGACUGGAGAGAGAAGGGAUAUGUAACUCCAGUUAAAGAUCAGGGUCAGUGUGGCUCUUGCUGGGCUUUCAGCACAACAGGAGCUCUUGAAGGCCAGCACUUCAGAAAAACUGGGAAACUUGUUUCGCUCAGUGAACAGAAUCUUGUGGACUGCUCCCGCCCAGAAGGAAAUCAAGGCUGCAAUGGUGGUCUCAUGGACCAGGCCUUCCAGUAUGUACAAGAUAAUGGGGGAAUUGAUUCAGAGGAAUCCUACCCAUACACUGCAAAGGAUGAUGAAGAUUGUCGCUACAAGGCAGAGUACAAUGCUGCUAAUGAUACUGGCUUUGUUGACAUCCCUCAAGGACAUGAAAGAGCUCUCAUGAAAGCAGUAGCAGCUGUGGGUCCAGUAUCUGUUGCUAUUGAUGCUGGCCACUCUUCAUUCCAGUUUUAUCAGUCAGGUAUCUACUAUGAACCAGACUGUAGCAGUGAAGACUUGGACCAUGGUGUUCUGGUUGUAGGAUAUGGUUUUGAAGGUGAAGAUGUAGAUGGAAAGAAAUACUGGAUUGUUAAGAACAGCUGGGGUGAGAAGUGGGGUGACAAAGGAUAUAUCUACAUGGCCAAAGACAGGAAGAACCACUGUGGAAUCGCAACAGCUGCUAGUUAUCCACUUGUAUAAUUUGAAGACUGGACAUUUCAGUGCAAAAGGGG